AUGCAAUCCACCAUUGAUCUACCAACCAUUUCCGAUAUUGAGGCGUCUACCGAUGUCCUUAGUAUACGAACAAAUGCCAUUAAAGUGGUUCGAGUGAAGGAACGCUUCACAGUCAAGAUCGGAUAUGCAAUUCCGCCUUUAGAAGCAGAGAACAUGAAGUAUGUUGCAGCCAACAGCAAGGUUGCUGUGCCAAAGGUUGACGCCAAUUUUGUCGAUCCAGAGACUCAGAAAAGAUAUAUCAUUAUGGAUUUUAUCCCUGGGACCGACUUGCAAAAGUUACUACCAUCACUUACACCAGCCGAAAAGACGACGGUCAGUGAGCGGAUUAAAGAGACUCUUAACGAACUACGAACAAUACCACCACCGGGCUACUUUGGAAACUUGAAUGGCACGCCUUGCAUCGACGGUGUUCUAUCAACACCAGAUAACAACCCAAUUAUUUCCGGGCCAUUCAAGGAUCAAGAAGAGCUGAAUCAAGGAAUACUUGAAAGGCUGGGCCAAAGACAUUCACCGCAUUACAUUCGCUUAUUGCGAGAAAUGGUCAAUCGCACCUUCAAGGACCAUCGAACUGUUUUUACCCAUGGAGAUCUGCAGCCGAAGAACAUAAUGGUGGAGCGAAGAGAGAUCCACGAUGAUGGAGGCGCAGACUUCAAAGUGACGCUUAUUGACUGGAAUUUGUCAGGCUGGUACCCUGAGUUUUGGGAUUUUUGCAAUUCAACAUUGUAUUGUCAAAUGAAACCGGAUUGGCUUGAGCUCGUCCCAGACAUAUUUGAUCAGUACCCGUUGGAAUAUCUCAUGAUGCAAGUUGUCUACUCGUCGGUCUUUUACUGA